CCACACCCCAAGCACCCCCAACACACUCAUCAGACGUGGCACCACCGCAUCGGCCGCGUACCCGUACAGUAAGCGACGUAAAUAAAGGCGUCGAAGGAGCUGCGUCGGGCGGCUUUGGGUAGACGUUUGAGGCCUUUGGCGAGUGAAACCAUGCACGGCAUAGGACGCAUUCCAGAUGAGGUCGGACAUCUCAUCCUGAGCGAGGAUGGAGCUAUUAUCACGUCUGGAGGUGACCUGGAGAACGCAGAACAGUUUGCCAGUUCGAUCAUGUCUCUGCUCACGUGCACGUCUCGUAACCACUUGAUGCAGAGUGAUGGUGGAGGAUUUAAGAAGAUAUCAGUUACAUACACAGAUCACUGCUAUGUGAUCUGUCUUUCCAAUAAGAACAUACACGUUGUGAAGAGGAGGUUUGCAACUCACGAACCUGUGAAUGUGUAAUGGAGUGAGAAUUUAAUCAAAGGAGGGAUAUAUAUGUAUAUGAUUGUAUAUGUAUAUAUAUAUUUGUUGAAUAGAGAAGUUGAGUAUAUACAGAGAGUGAAAGUUGAAAGAGAAGUAAGAGUGGGAGAUGAGUAAACCAAUGAAUGAGUGAAGGGGUGAGUGAAUGCAUGAAUAAGUAAUGAAAAGACAGGCAGACAGACAGAAAAUUGACUCAUACAAAUAUACAUCUAAAGUUGAUUGUUUUUUUCUUAUUGAACUAUUAGUGGAAUAAAAAGUUGUUUUUUGUGGAAUUUGUAAGCUCUUUGAAUAUAUACCUAUGUGAAAUGUGUUAAGAAAAUAAAAUUUUCAUAGAAUUAA